CGUUCCAGAACGGCAACGGCGGCGGCGGCGGCGGCGCCAAGAUGGCGGAGGAGGCGGGCGAGGGGCUUCCGCGCUCGGUGCUGCCGGGCCCGCUGAGGGGCGGCGGGGGAGGCGGGGGGGUCCCGUCGUGCUCGCCCCCCCCGGCGCCGCCGCCCCCCGCCCCGCUCCCCGGCGCCCCCCCCGCCCUGCCGGGCCCGCGCGUGGUGCGCAUCGUCAAGUCGGAGUCCGGCUACGGCUUCAACGUGCGCGGGCAGGUCAGCGAGGGCGGGCAGCUGCGCAGCAUCAACGGGGAGCUCUACGCGCCGCUGCAGCACGUCAGCGCCGUCCUGGGCGGAGGGGCGGCCGAGCGCGCCGGGGUCCGCAAGGGGGACCGCAUCCUGGAGGUAAAUGGCGUCAACGUGGAAGGGGCCACCCACAAGCAGGUGGUGGACCUGAUCCGAGCCGGCGAGAAGGAGCUGAUCCUGACCGUCUUGUCAGUGCCCCCACACGAGGCCGACAGCCUGGACCCCGGCGACGACUCCCUGGGCCAGUCCUUCUACGACUACACGGAGAAGCAGGCCGUCCCCAUCUCCAUCCCCACCUACAAGCACGUGGAACAGAACGGCGAGAAGUUCGUGGUUUACAACGUUUACAUGGCGGGCCGGCAGCUGUGUUCGAAACGUUACCGCGAGUUUGCCAUCUUGCACCAUAACCUGAAACGGGAGUUUGCCAAUUUUACUUUCCCUCGCCUGCCUGGCAAAUGGCCCUUCUCCCUGUCGGAGCAGCAGCUGGACGCCCGGAGGCGGGGCCUGGAGGAGUACCUAGAGAAGGUGUGCUCCAUCCGGGUGAUCGGGGAGAGCGACGUCAUGCAAGAAUUCCUCUCGGAGUCGGACGAGAACUUCAACGGAGUGUCGGACGUGGAGCUGCGGGUGGCCCUCCCCGAUAUCACGACCGUGACUGUCCGGGUGAAAAAAAACAGCACCACCGACCAGGUCUACCAGGCUGUGGCUUCCAAGGUGGGGAUGGAUAGCACCACCGCGAACUACUUUGCCUUGUUUGAAGUGAUCAACCAUUCUUUUGUGAGGAAACUGGCGCCCAACGAAUUCCCCCACAAGCUCUACGUGCAGAAUUACACCUCGGCCGUGCCGGGAACGUGCCUGACGAUCAGGAAGUGGCUGUUCACGACAGAGGAAGAGGUCCUGCUGAACGAUAAUGAUUUGGCCGUCACCUACUUCUUCCAUCAGGCGGUCGACGACGUGAAGAAAGGCUACAUCAAAGCCGAGGAGAAGUCCUACCAGCUGCAGAAGCUUUGCGAGCAGAGGAAGAUGGUCAUGUACCUGAACAUGUUGCGGACGUGCGAGGGCUUCAACGAGAUUGUCUUCCCUCACUGCUCCUGCGACUCUCGCCGGAAGGGCCACGUCAUCACAGCCAUCAGCAUCCAGCACUUUAAGCUCCACGCUUGCACCGAGGAGGGCCAGCUCGAGAAUCAAGUCAUAGCUUUCGAAUGGGACGAGAUGCAGCGAUGGGACACGGACGAGGAAGGGAUGGCCUUCUGCUUCGAAUACGCGCGAGGAGAGAAGAAGCCGCGAUGGGUCAAAAUCUUCACCCCUUACUUCAACUACAUGCACGAGUGUUUCGAACGCAUUUUCUGCGAACUGAAGUGGCGGAAGGAGGUGAAGGUGGAAGAGGACGCCACUGACAAGGACAACAAGAACUGCAGUAAAGACAGUCUGUGCAGCAAGUUUACAUCCCCCUCCAGGCGAGAGAGGCCAGCACCAGGAGGAGAUCACCCACCGAAGUGAUCCCCAGCGCUUUUCCGUGGAAGCACCCCGAUUUCUUCCUGUGUUCCCACAUUUCAAACGGGAGGGGCCCCCACCAAAACCACCCGAGAACACUCCUCUUCCCCCUCUUUCCGUGUCCCCCUUUUCGGAGGACCUAGGGCAGUGAGGGCAAACCUUUUCAGCACUAAGAGCCGAAAAGGUGCAGAAACAUUGUGCACGUGCUCGUCGGGGCUGCGCGCCGGAACAGCCGGACUUCCGGAUUCUAGCGCGCAUACAUGCCCGACGAGCAGCAUGCGCACCGGCCAGUUUUCAGCACUGCCACAUGCGCGAAGGGAUCACGUUCCGGAAAAGCCAAACUUCUAGGUUCUGGCACGCAGGCGCACCUGACAAUCAGCUGGCCGGCAUGUAUGGAACACCACUUUUCGGCCUUGUGGUGCACGCAAAGGACAGCUGAUCACUUCGCCAGAAUCCUGGAAGACAAACAGGCAAGGUCACACGUGCUGGGCAACAUGGGACGGAGUUAGUGGGCGGAGCAGAGGAAAUAACAUACCCCUUCAUACACACCCACUCGUUUUCAGCCUCUUU